CAGACCUGUGUAUUUUAGAUCUUAACUUCAUGUGUAAGUGUGUGUGUGUGAGGGAGUGUAUAAAGAAGUGACUGUGUGGGGUGUGUGGUCAGAGUGGAUAGAAAGCAGUGUGUAUCACACGGCUAUUUAUAGAGAGAACAAAUCCCAGAUAUGAGAGGAAUCCCUUUGCCACUCUUCAACCUAGAGAGAGAGAGAGGGAGAGAGACACAGAGCGAGAGGAAGAAGGAGAGAGAGUCCAUUGAAGAGCAGCGCCAGACCGCACGGGACCAGGCCGGCCCAUUAAGGACAGAGCGUGAAGGCGGCGAGGAAGAGGAGCGCACGUACCUGGCCUGGCCUGGACACAGAGGAGAACAGCGUGGGACAGUUCCAGCAGUAGCAACAUCGUGGACGUCACUCUGCACAAUGUCUAAACAGCCAUCAACAAACGUCAAAGCCCUGCAGGCCAACCUCAAUAUUCCGAUGGGAGCUUUGCGUCCGGGGGCGGGGCAUCCUGUGAAGAGGAGAGAGGAGACAGUGGAAGCAGAGGAGCCCCCGGCAGUGACCCCGGAGGAGAAGAAGCAGCUGCCGGGUGCUGUGAAACUGCCCGGCCCAGCCGUCAACCUCUCCGAGAUCCAAAAUGUCAAGAGUGAGCUCAGAUGGGUCACCAAGGAUUAAACACACACAAACACACACACACACCCAGGAAGGAUCCAGCUCUUCCAUUCAGUCUCCAAUUCUCUACAACGAUCUCCAUCAACUAAGGUUCGAGAACUGCAAACCUUGACUCCUGCACAACUUCAAAUCCAAAAUUCCAAAUACUUCCAAAUACGGCAAGCCAGAAGCCCACCAGACAAUCAGUCCAGAAAAAAACUGUCCGAAUGGCUCAAGCUUUUAUGGUGAAAAUCCACCAAAACUACACGGUGGACCUGAAGCUAACAAAGGCUUGCAACUGUACACAGACUGAUGGCGAGUGAGCCGUUCUGGGCCUUAGACCUGGGUUUGAUCUCUGAUGUUUGAUGUAGGUCAUCUCUUGAGCUGCCUAAUGACUUCUGUAACCUAUUCUCCAUUCUGUGUCCCAUUUGAGUGUAUUAAGUGUGUGUAUUCUAGCAGGGAUUUUAUAUUCAUAGCUAAAAUCUGAGUCUCAUUGCUGUCACAUAUUUCAAUUUCCUUUUAUAGACGCUGAAUCACAUCUGUUUAUGCAAGCAUGAUGAAUUCUACAGUAGCAGUGAUGAUGGGUCUGUGCUGUCCCUGGCUGUAGUGACAAAAUGUUGUCUCACCACAUUCGCCCUGAACAAAUGUGAGACACAGAAAAACAUGAGUUUGAUUUUGUUCUUUAAAGCAGUUCUUUCUGCAGCCUUUCCUUUCCGCCAGUUCCCCGGCUGUUCUGUGUGCUGUAUAGAGAGAGUGAGUGUAGGCUGAGGCGAAAUAAAGCGCUUCUCGUGCUCAGUGUAGGAGGCUGAAGCGAACGUGUGCUGUCUCUGAACAAACAGAACUGGAUUUCAAUCACUUUUCCACCAUAACUGCUUUUAAAUAUGAAAUUUGCAAAAACAAACUGUUGAAGGAAUUCAUAGCCCUCUUAUUACACAGCAAAGGCAGUGAUGAUCCCCAGCAUGUGUGUCCUCAUCAGUCAAAGUGUCCUUAUUCCAGAUUUCUUUAACCACAGUUUAAGUCAGUCUAUAUUAAGGGCUAAAGAUAAGAGACACUAUGUAUGAAGGGUAGUUUAAACCUCAGUCACAAAUAAAAUAAAAUAUUAUGCCACA